UUCCAGCAGCUCGAGACUGACGGAGCUCCACACACUGACCGCUGCUUCUCAAAUACAACACUGUACAAAGGAGGAAAGUUUCACGCUGGAUUGCUGGAUCUUACCUUUUGUUCAGAUAAAUCUCAGUCGGGGCUUUUUGGGGCACGAGAAACGUUUUUUCAUCUACCCACAGAGACGCUUGUUGAUUUUACAAGAACCCCUUCAAAGGGGGACAUCUAAGUGGACUCAAGCCAGCAGCGGGGAGAUUUGGGGGUGAAGGAAGGAAGGCAAGAGGGAUUAGGGGCUAAUCCUGAACAUGACCAAUCCUUAAGGAGCCUCCGUCAAGCUGCACUAUUGCCCAGAUUAUUACAUUUAAUUUAUUUAUUGGCUUUUAAAGCCCCUUUAUCUCCCUCGGGGGAUUCCUGGCGAGUGGACCGCUGGAUUUGAGUACCUUUAAAAACAAAGGCUCAGGAGCAGAGGCUGCUGGGAAUAGAAGAGCAUGUGGAGAAAAUACACGCAGGGAUAAAGCAACAAGCCUCCUUGCAGCCUCACACUCCAGCAGGGUGCAGGUCAGAGGUCACCGAAUGAACUUGUUCUGGAAAAGCAUGUGGUCAUAUUGAUUAUACAGAAAGGAAGAAGCACAAACCCAGAACAACUGUGAAGCCCAGAAUCUUUGACCACAUAUGCAGCCGAGGUUUUCAGGAAUUGGAGUCAUGCAUAUUUUCAGCUCACAUUUAUCUUCACCGAAUCAUUCUGGAUAUGAACAAAGACCGAUGGCCAAAACGGGACAUAGCUGAAUGUGUCUGUCUUUGGAGAAACUUUCCACUCGACUGCGGUUUUUAUUCUGCUGAGAGAUUUUGAAGCUUGAUACGUGUAUAAUUUGCUUUCUUAUGCCGUUCUCGCCUUUUUCAAAAUAAUUGCUGUGGAUUUUUUCUACCUCCUUUGAAACUUACCAAUUGAACCCGGAGAAGCCAUGAAUUUGGGCAAGUUGUCUGGCCUGAAGGGCCUGGUUUCCCAUUCCUCAGGAAAGCGUCGUUUUAAAGGUGACCUCACCCCAGAAAUGAUCAGCCCCCCUUUGGGGGAUUUUCGCCACACCAUGCAUGUGGGCCGUGGAGGGGAUGUGUUCGGGGAUACCUCAUUCCUCAGCAACCAUGGUGGAGCAGGAAAUAAUGCAGACGCAGAGUCCUCCACCUCAGAGAAGAAUGAGGGAUUCUUCACCCGCACGCUUCGCCAUGUCCGCAAGACUCCCGACAGGCCCCGUGGUGGCUCCAAAGACCUUUCACCCCCACCUCCAGCCGUUUCUCCAAUCAUAAAGAAUGCCAUCUCCCUCCCUCGGUUGGACGUGGACUCGCCCAAUGGCUGUCCUGUGAAAGUGCUCUUCCCCAGUUCACCCAAAACACCAGAGAACUCCACUUACAUGUAUGGUUUGGAGUCUGGCUUUGUGACAUUGCCGAGACUGUCCCGCACUGAGCGUCCAGCCCAGGGUAGUUCUCCAUCAGCCUGCCCUCCUGAAAUCCACAGAGGCUCGCUGACGGACAUAAACAUCCCAUCCUUCCCUUGUUCAGACUCCAUCAGUCCCUCCGACUCCAUGAACUCCUUCACUCUUGAUCUGGGCCCUUCCCUCAUGUCUGAAGUCUUUGCUUUGAUUGACAGCCCUAUGUGUGAGAAGCCUGAUCCCAUCAGUGAAAAAGCACAAUCGGUUGAGUAUAACUCUGACUCGGAUGCAACCACUUCAUUGGUUGAUUCCCUGCUGAGAGAAGACGAUGACGGUCGGACGCGGCUCUAUGGAGGCGAAUGGAAGAAUUCAGACUUUGUGAAUGGCGAGUCAUCUAAAAAAUCUACAACGGGUGAUCAGUUACGCUCAUUCCCUAUUGAGGAUCGUGGUAUGGAGCCAGAGAGUUUCCAGAGGGCCGCUGAUGUGCUGGCACGUCAUUACGGGAGUGGAAGACUCAGCAAUACAAACACCAACAACUCUCACAGGAGAGCACCAUACUGCUAUCCUGAUGAGGAUGAGGAGAUCAAGGUCUAACACUAUGAAAAGUCUAAUUCACACAGCACUUUUAAAAGGAUACUUCAAUCAGAAAUUAAAAAGACGCCCUCAUUUAUUUACUGUAAUGUCAAAAUUAUAUUUCUUCUGUGGAACUGUUUUGUUAUAAAGGCAGCAGUAUUAUUAUUACAAUUAAUUUAACGAGAUUUCGAAAAUUUUCCAUAAUACUUUACAAUAACAGUACACAAAUAAUGAUGUUAAUAUGUAAACUAAACAUUACUUUAUUAUGAACUAGUGAUGAGUUAAUGCAUGCUAAUCAUGAACUAACUUUAACUACGGAAUGAGUCACAUGAGUUCAUGUGUAAAUAGCGGCUACCUUAAUUACUUGUUAGUAAAUGAUGGUUUGUUAAAUAACGUAUUAAUUACCACAUUAGGUUAUGCUUAAUGUAAGCAUCAUGAACUAAUGAUAUGUUAAUGUUUAAUUAUAUCAUGACUUUACUUGGAGGGGCACAUCAUCAUUAAGCCAUUCUUAACUACUCAUGAACUCCUUUUGCACGUCUGUCAAGUGCAUUUACACUGAAUAACAACAGAUAAGUGUUCAGUCAACAUCAGCAUGAACAGUUUAAGCGCAGGAGUUCAUGAGUAGUUAAGGAGGGGUUAAUGAUGAUGUGUCCCUCCAAGUAAAGUCAUGAUAUAAUUAUACAUUAACAGCUCAUGAGUGCAUGUUGAUCACAUUUAGCUUAAACCUAAAUGUUAAUUAAUACAUGAAUUUACAACAUGUACUAACAAGUAAUUAAGUUAGCUGUUUUUCACACAUGAUUAGUGCACACCUUAACUCAUUAUUAAUUUAAAAUAAAAUAAUGUUUAAUUCAUAUAUUAAUACAUCAUUAUUUAUGUACUGUUAUUGUAAAGUGUUACCACAUUUUCAGGUAGAAUAAUCAGGAUCAGAAUUUUCUAAUCAUUAACACAAUUCAAGAUAAUUAAUUAUUGUUUUACUCACCCUGUCGUUCCAAAAUCCCAUGACUUUCUUUCUUUGGAAAAAAGGCAAGGUAUUUUAAAGAACAUCAUAUUUUUGUCAGUAUUUUUGGUUGUUAAAGAUUUUAAAAUUAAUAAUAAUUACAUUUUGUAAUUUAAAUGUAAUAAAAUUUCACCCGCUUUGAAUGUUAUCACUCGAUUGAUCGGUCAUUAUCAGUGGUUAUCAGCUGAUAGAUAUGGGCUAGUAGGGGCUUUCUGCGCCUACUGGUAAGCUCAGAAGGCUGUUAUCAUCCAUCCACAUGGUUAGUCAGCUAUACUAAUCGAGAAGACUCCAGAUUCACAUCUGUUUUUACAUUACUGUGAUUGUUGGGUUUAGGGUUGGGGUAGAAGUUAAUAAAAUACAACUAAUAGGAAAUGUAAUAAAUAAUAUAAAUAAUUCUCGUUAACUUCCGGCCGCAGCCAUAUGUGAUCUAUAGCUGAUUAACCAUGUGUGUAGCUACCCGCCGGUUAUUAAAAUAAUCCACGCUUCCAGAUACUGAUGUCCAUAUGUGUUUUCUUUAUUGAACACCGUGAAAACUAAAAAAUAAACAAACCCAAUGUUUUACACAAACACAAAUCAAAAGGGACAUCAAAAUAAACAAAUAAUAUACAAAAAAGUGUAGUUUACCGUGUUGGCCUGAUAACCAGCUGUAGAAUAAGCAGGAGCAUUAAACCAGUGCCUGCGUUGAGAUCUCACUUUGCUAUCCAUACAAACUCUCACAGGUUAAAUCAAUCACGAAAGAUCAUGUGACCUCUGACUCAAGCCAACCGGAAACAAGGAAAUUUAUAACAUAAACCAAUAUACACUCAAUAAUGAAAUAUAAAACAAUAAACAAAACACAAGCUGACCGAUCAACAUCAGCUACAAUGUGGGUGGAAGAUAACAGCCUGCUGAGCAUACCAGUAGAUGCAGAAGGCCCCUACUGGCCCAUAUCUAUCAGCUGAUAACCACUGAUAACGCCUAUUCAAUCCAUUAAUAACAUUCGAAUCGGCUGGAAAUUUGGUCUGUUCCUCAUGCAAAUUAUGAAACGACUCAAGAAGAGUUUGAGCUUAACCCUGAGUUUGUGGACUAUUUUGUCAGUUAUAAGUUUGAUAGGCCCAGUUCUUAUUUAGGUUCAUUAUAUGGCAAAAAACAAAAACAAAACGCUUAAACUGUUAUUUUUUAUGUUUCACUAAAGAAAGUGACACUUGUUUAAAUGUUUAAUUAACAACAAUUUUCAAUUUUGCAAUGGGAAAAAUGACAACUAAUUGAUUGAUUUUUUCCACACACUGUACAAAAACAGCCAGAACAUGGGAAAAAACUGCAGAAUUACCUGAAAUAGGAGUAGAUCUCCAAAGACAUAUUGGACAAGGAUGAAAAAGGAAUAUUAGCGUCUACAAUUUUCACCUGUUUUGUCAGCUUUUUCAUGAUCCAGGGAAAUAGAAUCUGCCACAAUAAUGCACAAUAAGCACAGCUAGCUAUAAAAUGGUAACAAUACGCCAUUCAAAUAUGCAAUUAUUUAGAAUUCAAGUAAACCUCUAUUUUAUACAGUGUACAGAGAUCCAUGUAGAAAUACAAGCAUAUACCUGCUGGCUAACUUGUAUAUAUGCAGAACACAAGCAUGUAGUUUAAUAGUUUAUAUCAUUCAUUUUGUGGCUGACUUUGUGUGACAGCUUUUUUUAAACACAUUUCCUGAGAAACCAACAAGACAAGAUCUAUGUCACUGUGAUGAAAAAACUGUGAUGUGCUUUUAUGCUUUCUCAUAAGAAACAAAACAAAACAAGCAGCAUAUUUUUUUUUUACUUUAUUACAUGAUAAAUAGCUCAACACAGUAUUCAGGUAUAUUAUAUGAUGGCUACCAACGUUUAUCAAUGUAUUAUGAAAUUGAUUAAAUAUUGAUAUAAAUUUUGUUUGAAUUUUGUUUAUUAUGACAGAGGGGUUGACGUCUCAAUUCCUUUAAUCACAAUAUAAUAUGUACAUACCGUACAUCUGUGCGACUUUGCACAAGAAAUUUACAAAAUUGCAUUGUAUGUUAUGACAGCAAUAAAGUUUUCAUUAAAAGAAGCUAUGAACAACAUCAGCCUUGAAA